CAUGGGGGUUCGAGAUUUGGGGCACAUGGCUUUGGGCGUGCGCCACUUUUCUUCGCCCCUUUGCCACUGCGAUCGGAAGGGCUGCCGAUUCUAUCGGGCAUCGUGGCCCAUAGGCGAGAGGGCAAAGAUUUUACAUGAACACAGAACGACCGGGGGACUUGGCUGAGCGCUCACGUGGAGUUCAGGUCUCCGGGAGCUGUGAAGAGCCCAAUGGCUGCCAAGAUCUUUGAGACCAUGAGCAGACUAGGCCUGGGUCUAGCGCUUGCUGGUGGCAUAGUCAACUCUGUUGUUUACACCGUGGAUGCAGGCCACAAGGCCGUCAUCUUUGACCGGUUCCGGGGCGUCCAGGAUGUUGUGGUGGGAGAAGGGAGCCACUUCCUCGUCCCCUGGGUGCAGAAACCGGUCAUCUUCGACUGCCGCUCUCGCCCGCGCAACAUCCCAGUCGUCACCGGCAGCAAAGAUCUACAGAAUGUGGACAUCACCCUGAGGAUCUUGUUCAGGCCGGUGGCGGCGCAGCUUCCCUGGAUCUACACCACGGUGGGCGAGGACUACGACGAGAGGGUGCUGCCCUCCAUCACGGCCGAGACCCUUAAGUCGGUGGUGGCUCGUUUCGACGCCGGUGAGCUUAUCACCCAGAGGGAGCUGGUCUCCCGGCAGGUCAGCGAAGAACUGGCAGAAAGAGCAGCCCCCUUUGGUCUCGUCCUGGACGACGUUUCCUUGACGCACCUUACAUUCGGGAAGGAGUUUGUGGAGGCCGUCGAAAUGAAACAGGUGGCCCAGCAGGAAGCAGAAAGGGCCAGGUUCAUGGUGGAGAAGGCCGAGCAGUUGAAAGCCGCGGCGGUCCUCUCCGCCGAAGGCGACGCAAAGGCCGCUCAGCUCAUCGCCAGCUCGCUGGCUUCGGCUGGCGACGGACUCAUCGAACUGCGCAAGAUCGAGGCAGCCGAGGACAUUGCUUUCCAACUUGCGCCGUCCCACAACGUCACCUACCUGCCCACGUUGGUCCAGCCAGCCCAGCAAGUGAAGCCAGCAUCCCCGUCCCAAUAGAUUUAGCCGCAAUUUUAAAGCUUGCCCCAUUUUUGGGGUGAUUGAAAAUGCAAGAUGUCCUAAUUAAAAUGCAUUGGAAAUCCCUC